GGCGUGGUGGUUUCCUUAGAGACCGAGUCUGCCCAGGUGGCGGCCACCAGGAGACCACGGCGGUGAGACUCCUGGAGAAGUCAAAAUGCCGGCAAAGGACAAGAGGAAAGGCAAGAACAAAGGCAAAGAAAAAGAAAAGAAAGUAGUGAAAGCAGAGGACCAAGUGGUUGAGCGAGCCAAGGCCAAUGCCUCUCUUUGGGAGGCCAGAUUGGAAGUCACAGAACUCUCUAGGAUUGAGUAUCGUGAUACUUCCCGAAGACUGGCAAAAAAUAAUGAAGACUUAAAGAAACAGCAGUAUAAAUUGGAAAAAGACACUAUGUCUGUAUUAAGCUACUUGAAGAAGCAGGAUCAAGAGAAAGAUAAUAUGAUAGAAAAACUGAAACAGCAAUUAGUUGAAACAAAGGAAAAAGCCAAAGAAGAGAAGGAAAAAUUGGAACAAAAGUAUACUAUGCAAAUAAAUGAGUUGGAGGGACAGUUUUAUCAAAAAGCCAAAGAAAUUGGCAUGAUUCAGACAGAGUUAAAGACAAUAAAACAAUUCCAGAAGAGAAAAAUCCAAGUGGAAAAAGAAUUAGAUGAGCUGAAAGAAAAUUUAAGAAACUCAGAGAAAAAUCAUCAGGAGACUCUUAGAAGACUAGAAAGCAGAUUUUUUGAAGAAAAGCACCGUCUGGAACAAGAGGCUGAGAAGAGGAUAAUAAUGCUGGCCGAGAGAGCCCACCAUGAAGCUGUGGUGCAGUUGAACAGUGCUGGGAGAAAUGUUUUCAAAGAGAACGUGUAUCUUCACAAGGCGCUUACAUACCACUUGAAGGAAGCUGAAGCGCGACAGAAAAACUCCAAGAAGUUACAAGAAAGUCAUUCCUGUCUUUUACAUCAAAAGGAAAUCAACGAGCUAUUGGUUAAGGAAAAGAUUAUGCAACUUACCCAGCAGAAAUCACAAAUUCAAACUCUUCAGAAGAAGGUGGUAAGCUUGGAGAACGCUCUGACCUAUAUGACCACGGAGUUUGAGGCUGAAGUUUUGAAACUGCAGCAAAAGGCAAUUAUAGAGAACCAAGCAGGUCAGGUAGAAAUUGACAAGCUGCAGCAGCUUCUUGAGAUGAAGGACAGGGAAAUGAAUCGAGUGAAGAAGCUGGCUAAGAACAUCCUGGACGAGAGGACGGAAGUGGAACAGUUCUUUCUCGAUGCUCUAUGCCAAGUGAAGGAGCAGAUUCUCAUCAACAGGAAGCAAUACAAGCAGAUAGCACAAGCUGCUUUCAAUUUAAAAAUGAGAUCAGCAUGUGAGGGAAGAACAGAGUAUCCCAAAAUCAGGACCUUUGAUGGCAAAGAGCACAGUACCAAUAGUGUGAACCAGGAUCUCAUGGAGGCUGAAAAAUGGCCAAGUACUCAAAAAAAUGUGGAUAUUAGAGAUUUGACCUGGGAGCAAAAGGAGAAAGUCUUAAGAUUGCUCUUUGCAAAAAUGAAUGGUUUUGCUGCGAGGAAAUACAAGCAGAGCUCUAAGCCUCCUGUUCCAGACCAUAUUAUUCCUGAAAGUGAAGAAAUGAAAGAAACUGGGGAUGGAAUUAACCUUCCAGAUCAAACCUUCAUCACCCAGCAAGCUCCAGUAUCAGACUCCAAUAAAAUGAUGUCACCUGGUGUUAUUGCUAAAGGAUUACAGGACUUUGACAGAGUAAGGAAUCUGCUAUCUAAUCAGACAAUACACCAUUGUUACCUUUCACUAUAUGAUGUCUGGCUAGUUCACAGUUCUGUACUACCCAAGCAGCUUUUAAGGAAGAGACCAUAGAAAAUUUUAUAACAAUGUCCAUACUAAUAAGGCAUAUUAUAUGUACCUGAAGAACCUAUAGAUUUCUUUUUGAAAUAGGCGGCUUAGUCAAAAUGUGUAUUGCAUUACUAUUUUCAGUGCUGGUGAAUGAAGCUUUGUGCCUCCCUGUGGAGCUACCUUCAGCCCUCCUGUCUUUAUAGGAGCACAGACAGAAUAUCCUUGCAGUUCUUGGCUU